UAUUAGCACGACGCUCUAACCAACUGAGCUAAUGGGCCAUUUGAUAGUUCUGAAGGUAACUAUUGAUAUAUGAUCCAAAAAUAAAACUCGACUAUUAAAACUGAGGUUAAUUGAGGGAGAAGAAGGAAGGGAGAAGAAACCCAUGUUCCAGGCAUGAAGGACGAUUACGAGGUUGAAGAAAAGAAGCAAGCUGCUGCAGAUGUCUUGUUUCAAUAUUCAAAUUUUGUUAUGGCCUGUAUUGGUAAUCAAGUUCGGCCUUGUGACUUGAGACUGCAUUUGAUGAAGGAAGUUUCAGGAUUGCCAACUUCUUUGAAGCGUGAACCCCGUCCAGCAUCUCCUCCUGAUGUAAUGGGAGAAUCCUCAAGCUCAGGCACCUCAAGACUGGAUAAAGUAGAGAGUUUCCGAGGUCCUUAGAUUUUGAAAGUGCACCAUUCUAUUUGUUUGCUAGUUCGCUGUCUGGAAAUAUAUACUAGCAUCAUCAGUUUAUGUACUGCGUGAGACAUGUAGGAUCUUGUUCAUUAUAUUUUGAUCAGUCGUAUCAGUGUCUGCAAUUCA